AUGUCUAAAAACACUGAAAGUAAACAAAAAGUUCUUCAACUACCAAGUAAAAGUGGUUCAGAACAAGUUAAUCAUAUCCAAAGAGAUUUUAACUGUUUGACCGAUGAAAUUAGUAAAUUAAAAAAAGAAAAUGAAGAAUUAAAAAAAAAUAAUUCUGAAACAUUAGAAAAUGAACUAAAAAAGAUAGAAGAACAAAUAGAAAAAUGUCUAAAUACUUUACGUGCUGAGUAUAAUAAAAAUGCUAC